AUGAACUCCCUCACGGGCAGCAUCUCCGAUUCGAUACGUUAUUUGUACAGCAACACCGACGAUUCGGACCGUUCGGAACGAGAACCCAUCCUAUUGAAAAGCAAAAAGCCCAAAUGUUACGAAAAUGUCCUCACCUUCCGGGACACGGAACUGGUUCAACCGGGGAUACUACAAAGGGCUAUUUCGGUAUCCGAUGCACCGCCUGAUAGGUUUUAUAUUGCCGUUUUGGUAGCCUUUUUUAGCGGUCUUACCGGAAUGUUUCCAUUAUCUUUCUUCGUAGUAGCAAAUGAUUAUUGGAUGUACAAGUUCAGGGACCCCAUGCAGGAGACCUACGAUUUGAACAACAAGACCUACUUGCAGAAAACGUUCGUGUCGAUGUUGUCCAUAUGCACGGCAUUUCCCAGCGUCAUAUCAGUAUUUUUGUCGGCGAGAUUGGGCCACAAAAUCGAAUUGAGGAGCAGGCUGUUGAUGGCGCUGGCCGUUUGGAGCAUCACGUUUCUCUUCAUCACGGCGUUCGUUUUCAUCGAUACGGAUUCUUGGCAGACUGUAUUUUUUGGACUGACGAUGACCGUUUGCAGCAUAACUUCUUUUUUUCAUCCGUUUUACGCGAUGGCAAAUUUGGUUUACUUAUCGAAAUUCCCGGUGUUUUAUUUGAAAUUGAACAUGUUCGGGUCGGCUGUAAGCGGUUUAUUAAGCACAAUGCUGCAAAUUAUUUCUUUAGCCGUAGGACGGAAUUCCACGCAAACUGCUCUGAUUUACUUCGGAUGUGGAACUUUGGUGAUCAUAUUCACACUGUUUCUGAUGUACGUAAAGAAAUACUCGCCCACUGUGGAGUAUUAUUUGGACAAAAGGAAGGCGAAGAAUGCCACUUAUACGCUACAAGAAUAUUGGCAAGUGGCCAGACAAAUGUGGUUUAUAAUCGUAUUAUGCAUUAUAAACGGGGGUACUGUGAAUAUGGGUCAUCCGAACAUAACGAAUCUGGUCGUGUCCGAGGGUUAUACGGGCACUGGUGAAAACCUGUGGUAUGAUAAAUACUUUGUUGUUGUGGCUACUUAUUUGCUAUAUGAUAUUUUCCAAAUUUUCGGAAGAUUCUUCAUGAAACCUAUAAUUACGCAAGAAAACGCUUUGUAUUUUAUAGGAAUCGCAUUAUUAAGAAGUAUCUUUCUAACGCCUCUGUUAUUAUUUUGCAAUGCCCAACCGAGGAAUCACUUACCAGUACUAUUCCCACACGAUUACCAGUACAUGAUCAUAUUAGCUGUUUUCAGUUUUUCAUUGUCUGUAUUCCUUGUUUUAGGAUAUGUCAGUUUACCACACAUAAUGCAGGACAAAGCAGAACAAGGAUAUUUGAUAUUAAUGAGCGUAUCGCUAAUAACAGCAACUGUAAGUAGUCCUUUGAGUCCAGUGUAUGUUAAUUUAUUGUAA